AUGGACGAACAGGAACCCAUGGCGAGAGGUGAAAUGGAAUCGCAACUGAAAGACAUCGAGAGACAAAUCAACGAUAUCGAUAACUCAUCUAGUGACGAUGAGGACGAUCAACAGCCUCCUAUACUGGCUAGAACAUCCAAUGAUGUGGCCAUUCAUACAAAUAAUAACGAAAAUAUGAUGAAUCCGUUCGUCGCUGAUAGAAAUGCAGAUUUUUCCAUCGAAUUGAGUGAGAAUUUACUGAAGGAAUGUAGAAAAUUACAAGCUAUUAAUCAGGAAAAGAGUAAAGCAUUGGAGGACAAAACUAAGGAGAAUGAAAAAAUUAAUGAGAAAUUAAAUAAAGCGCUAAAGGAAUAUCGAAAUUCUAAGGAUACUAAUUGGGAAUUGGAGAAUAAAUUAAUGGAUAUUUCUAAUCAAUUUAAACAAGUGAAAAAUGAUUUGAAAAUUAAAGAUUUGGAAUUGGAGAAAAUUAAUAAAUCUCUUAAUGAUAAAAUGGCUGAGGUAGAAAAGAUUAAUCUUGAGAAAGAUGGGCUAAUUAAUAAAUCAAAUGUGGAAAGGACAUCGUUCCAAAAUGAAAUUAAAUCAUUGAAGAGAAAUAUUUCUGAUCUAAAUGAUGAAAAUGAUCAACUGAAUGAUCGCAUUAAAAAGGCAACAGUUGACUCCAAUAUAAUCAUUGAAAAUAAAAGGAAGCAAACUGAAAUUGAAACAUUGAAACAAAAUCUUGAAGACGCCAAAAUAAAAAUAAAAACCCAAGAAGAAAAUUUGAAUAAACUACAGCAAACGAAACUAUCUCAUGAAGACGAUAACAAAAGUAUAGUAUCCGAUAGAUCAUCGUUAUUAAAUGCUUUUGAAGAAGUGCAUAAGCCCGACCAAAAAUCCAUAACGAUAACAGAUGUUAAAUCAUUUGCAGAUGAAAAUAAUUAUGUUCUCCUUCCAAAUAAAGACUAUAAUGAACUAAAAAAUUCUGUGCAACCACUAACGUUGCAAGAAAUGGCCACUAAAUUAGAAAAGUCGGGUGAGAAGGUCAUACCUGACUCAACAUACAUCGAGAUGACUGAAAAAUUACAGAACCCAUCGGAAGAAUAUCUAUCAUCUAAACUAGAAUCUUCCUUUGAUAAGAUUCCAAUUUUCAAAGACACCUAUAAACAGUUAACUGAACCAAACUUACAACACUUAAAGGACUCUUUGAAAAAAUUCAAUCAAAUUUGCGUAUCUGAAGAAGAUUUUUCUGCCUUAAAUAAUAAACUGGAACACCCAACGUUAGAGUAUUUAAAAUCAAAAUCGAAAGAGCUUAAUGUCGUAUGUGUGCCUACUGUUCAUUAUGACAAAAUUACAAACCCAACUUUAGAACAACUUUCCGCAAAGAUCAAGGACUUAGGAAAUGUAGUCUUAUCUAAUGAUUCAUUUAAUCAAUUGCAAAAGCAAGCCAAUGAGGCCCAUCCUGAUUCGAUCAAAAACACAGAAUAUAAUACCCAAGAUAAGGUAAGCAUCAUCAAAUGGCUAGCAGAUUCUAUUCCAGAUAUGAAAGUAAUUUCAUCAGCAGAAUAUGAAGCACUCUCUGAUCCAACGCAGGAAUCUUUAGAAGAAAAAUGUAAUAAAAAGGGACUAACAUGCCUACCGAAGGAUAAGGCAGAUUUGUUACUUAUGAAUUAUGAAGCUCCAACCUUAGAAUAUUUAGGGAAAAAGGCAUCAGAACAAGGUUAUGACAUUCAACCAAAAUCAAAAGUCCUCAAUUUGGUUAAUAAUUUCGAAUCACCAUCUGAUGAGUUUUUGAUGAAGAAGGCAGGGGAGAAUGGUAAGACGAUCGUACCUGUAAAGCGGUUCGAUGAACUAAUUUCAAUCUUUGAACAGCCAUCUAUCGAGUUUUUGAAUAAAAAAGCGGCUACUUAUAACAAGAGAUUAGUAGAUAUUCCCGAAUAUCAAGAUCUUGUGAAUAUAAGGGACGAACCAAGUGAAAACUUUUUAAUAUCAAGUGCUAACAAAUUGAAUAUGAAACUUAUCCAAAAAGAGGAAUAUUCGAAACUAAGGGAUAUUUUUGAAAAUCCUUCAGUAGAGUUCUUGAAAAUGAAAGCUAACACUUUGAAUUAUGAUAUUAUUGAAAAAGAUAGGCUAACGGAACUGGAUGGUAUCUACGAAAAACCUUCUUUAAGUUUCUUGGAAGAAAAGGCAACAUCUAUUGAUCAAAAGCUUGUCCCAAUAGAGGAGUAUUUAUCUUUGAAGGCAACUUCGACCAGUCCAAAUGUAGAAUUCAUAACUAACAAGGCCAAGGAUUUAGAUUGUACUGUCAUUCCUACAGAAAAAUACAAAACUUUGUUGGCUACUACUACCAACCCUAAAUUUGAGUUCCUAGAGGAGAAGGUUAAAUCGCUUGGUAAGGAAAUUGUGCCUUUAGAAGAGUAUAAUAAUUUACAAGAAAAUUACAACCAACCAACAAUGGAGUUCCUUGCAGCGAAAGCGAAAUCUAUGGGUCAAUAUAUUUUGCCUGUAGAUGAAUAUAACACUCUGCAAACGACAUCUACUUCCCCACCUCUCGAGUUUUUAAGAGAAAAGGCAAACUCUAUUGAUUAUCAAAUUAUAAGUUCUGCCGAAUAUAAACAGUUGCAGGAUUCUAUAACUCAUCCUUCCCUCCAAUUCCUAGUAGAAAAGGCAUCUGAAUUGGGUCAGCAAAUUAUUUCCAUUGACGAAUUUAAAAAAUUGGAGGACUUAUCUACAAACCCAACUUUACCCUUUUUGGAAAAGAAAGCGUCUUUGCUAGGAUAUCAUAUUUUAAAAUCGGAUGACUACGAGUUAUUAAAUAAAAACUCAACAAAUCCAUCUGUUGAACAUCUUACUGAUAAGGCUUCAUCAAUUGGCCAGUGCGUCAUAUCUAGAGAAAAAUUAACCACUUUGACCCAUUCAAUAGAUCAACCUUCUCGAGAAUACCUUGUAGAUAAGGCUACAGCCAUAGGAGAGGAGUUGGUGCCAUCAGAAGAACUUUUUAAGUUAAAGAAAAUUUCCACGGAACCAACAAUUGAUUUUCUUAUUGAAAAAGCCUCUUUGAAGGAUUGUGUUCUGGUCGAAUCAAGCAAGCAAAAAGAAUUAUUAAGAAGGAUAGAAAAUCCCACAAAUAACGAACUAGAAAGUAUACUUGCUAAGGAGAACAAAACAAUUAUAUCCACACAAAAACUUGCUGACCUACACGAGUCACUAAACAAACCAUCAGAAGGAUAUUUGAGGGAGAAAGCACAAACUCUUGAUUUGAUUUUGUUAAGUGCAGAUGAUUACACUUCCUUGAAAGAAAAAAAUAAAGAUAAAAACUUUUUAAUCACAUCUCUUUCAACGAUGGGACUAGCAACUGUUGACAUUAAUGAGCUCUCUAAUUUGAAGGAGGCAUCGGUGUCUAACAGUAACUUGGAUCAAUUGACAAAAAGAUUAAAUGAUCUAGGUUACGUUCCCGUUACGCAAGAACAAUUUGAAGAAUUUAGUACUCCUUUAGUGGAUAAAGUAAACAAAGAUGAAAUUGAAUUGAUGUGUUCAAAAUUCUCUUUAUAUCCACUAUCUGUGAGUGAGUAUGAGAGCCUGAAGAAAAAGUCACAGCCUAUCAUAUACUCUGAUGAUCAAUUAAUAUCGAUGCUGACAGCUAAGGGGAUCGAAUGUAUCCCUAGAGAAGAAUUAAGAGCAAUAAAGAAAAAUCUGGAACAUCCAAGCGUCGAUUAUCUUAAGGAUAACGCAAUUAAAGUUGAUAUGAUUCUGAUUGAUAGAAACGCGUAUGAAAAUGACAUGGAACUUUUGGAAACUCCAUCGCUAGAAUACAUUACAGAGAAAGCGGCCACGUUAGGAUACAAAACCAUUAGCAUUGAGGAGUAUGAGCAAAAUGAGAAACAAUUUACGACUCCUUCGUUAGAAUAUUUAAGGGAGCAUGUUAAUGAGUUGAACAUGGUACUAUUGACUGAAGAAGAAAAGGAAGAACUGGAUAGGAAGAUUGAGAGCCCAAGCCUACCCUUCUUGGAGUCAAAGGUUUCGGAUCUGGAUAUGAAAAUUGUUAGUAACCAAGAUUACCACGAGCUUAUAAACAAAGUGGAUUCGUUAGGUGCUGAGGACCUGAAACAGCUUGCAAGUAAACAAAAUUUAAUUGUAGUUCCAAAGGAGGAAUAUAAUAAUCUCAAAAACAUCACAGAAAAUCCAUCACCACAACUAAUAGAAUCUGCUCUUCUCAAAAUGAAUUCGAAAUUGAUAUUGGAAAACGACCUAAAGGAAAUACAAGAACAGGCGGCUAACCCAAGUCCCAAAUUUAUUGCUGAAAAAGCAAAAAAUCUGGGUUUGGUAGUAGCCAACCAUUCUGACUACGAAAAGUUGAAAACUCUAGCCGAAGAUAACUCAUUAGAUAGAGCUUCAGAAAUUGCCAAGGAACAUGGAUAUAUUGUAAUUAAAAUAGACAUGUUAGAUGAAACUGUUACUGCUGGAAACAAAAAGUCUUCAAAUCCAUUUGUUUCAAAUAGUUCUAUCGACCCAAACGAUUAUCUACUCUUAGAGAAAGCAAGAUAUGAUAUUUUAAUAGAUUGUAAGCAACUACCAACGAACAAGGAGGAUAUAAUGAAUAUGUGUUCUCAUUUUGGUUAUGUAGCUAUCAGUUCCGAUGAAUAUUCCAAACUACAACAAACCAUAAAAAUCAAGGAAAGAGAAGAAGAAGAUAAUAGCGCAAAGAGAACAUCAGACAGGACAUUGAAUACAUUAACAACUAAGCUUGGCGCUCCUGCUGAUAACUUUGAUAUUCACGAGGAAGCAAAAAAGCUCAAUUAUCAACUUGUGCCCCUUGAGGAAUAUAAUACAUUACUCUCAAGAAUCUCCAAAGAAGAGGAUAUAACUUUGGAAAAGUUGAAAGAUUAUGCAAAAUCCUUUAAUAUGUUGUUAGUUCGUAAUGACAGCAACCAAUUCUCCCCAUCGGAAUCACAAAAUGCAAAUUCAAGAAGAAUUUCAUUGCAUAGUGGAGACCAUUCCUCAAUGUUUAGUGUUGACUCGCUAUCCACAGGUCAGUCCGUAUACUACGAUGCAACGCAAUCCAGUCAAGUCAUAGAUUCUAGGGUUUCAUUACUUACUGCGUCAACAACUAAUUCCAGUGCUUUUACGGACGCAUUAGAUAACAAUAUCCCAGAAAACGAGACUCCAUUGUUGGAAACAAUUUCUCGUACGUCUACAGUACGUGCGGAUGACGAUGCUACUGGAACUAUCAGCUUACCAACUAUUGACGAUUUAAGGACUUACGCAAAACAAUUAGGGUACGUAUUAAUUCCUGUUGCCGAGACCAGUGAUCCUUCACCUGGUGUCCCUGAACUAGUGGAUGAUGGUGGCAAUGAAAGUGAAGAUGAACUCUUUGAUGAGAAAGAAUUGGAGCGGAAAGCAGAGAGAUUUGGUAAGGCACUAGUAACACUCUCCGAUUUUGAGUAUUUUGAUAAUUUGAAAAAUGGACAUAUAAGUCGAGACCUCUUAAAUAAAGGUGCGUCGAACUUGGGUUUAAUUAUUAUGGAAGAAGCUACCUAUGAGAAUCUAGAAAAGCAGGCAACAAUUGACGAAGCUAAGAUUAGAAAGAUUUCUUCAAACUAUGGUCUCGUCGUUCUCAAAAAAGAAGAGCUGGAACACCUAAGGGAACAGUUGAACGAUAAUGAGUUAACAGUUGGAAAUAUUAAGGAAAGAGCCUCAAAACUAGGUUUUGUACCAGUUACCCUUUCAAACUACGAAACUUUGAUGGCGUCUGUUGCUAAAAAAGACUCCACUGGAACUGAUCAAUCUGAUCUAAAAGAACAGGAGUCAAAGUCGAGCUACGUUGCUGAAACACAGGCUGCUACAGUGCUUGACUCUGAUAUGAAGAAGGUGCACCAAGGGACCUCACCUUCUGAAGAUUCAGUUACUACUGAGGGUACCAUAAAUAAAGAGGCUACGUCAGUAUCAAAUACUUCAGGUGAUAACCACUUAACUGGAUCGGAAGAAGCAGGCAGGGGGGUACCUCAGAAUAAGGAAGAUUUCAUAAGGUUAGCCUCUGAAUAUGGACUAAUUUCUAUAACUAAAACUCGUUUUGAUCAAAUUAGAGAGGAAUUGGAAAACCCAACAUUUUCCAAAGAACAACUCAUUAAAGAAGCAAUGGACUUUAAUAUGAUCAUUAUUACAAAAGAAGAAUAUGAAGAUCUUCAAAAAUUGAAGGAGGAAAAUGAUUUCAAUGACACUUCAGGAUAUGCCGAUGAAACACACGAUAUUGACAAUGAAGUUGCACAAUUGAAGAAAGAUGCAAGAAAAUAUGGACUUUUAAGUGUUCCCGAAAGCGCAUUUAUUGUUACUUCUUAUGGUAACGAACCUGACGAAAAUAACGUUGUCGUAUUACCUGUUUCUUUUUAUAAUAGCUUACUAACCAAGGGCCAAGAGCAAUUAAGUAAAGUUAGCGACGAAGAGUUGAAAAAAGAGGCCAACAAACGUGGUUUUAUCAUGAAACUACAUUGGAAUAACGAUUCAGAAUUAAAGCCACCUCCGAUUAUCUCUGCAUCCACAGGUACUAGACCAGCUUCACACUUUAGAACUACCUCAGUAGAGUCAAUGGAUUCACCUUUAGGAAAAAGUGUCGCAUCUGCUUCUGGGUCUAUUGCAUUCUCAGAUUAUGAUUACCAGAAUUCAAAUAAAAAUUCAUUACACUCACGUAAAACUUCCUUAGCAGGAAGCCACUCAUCAAAGGGAAUACAAGGUGCAUCCAAGUCAUUACGAACCGCAUCUGUUGAUGGUGGUAUGUCAUUGGCCACCGUAGCAUCAUUAAGUGAGCCUCGUAUCAUCCCAGCAUUAACCCAAACAGUAAUUGGUGAGUACUUAUAUAAAUACUACCCAAGAUUAGGUCCUCUAGGUUCAGAGGCUCGUCACGAGAGAUAUUUUUGGAUUCAUCCAUAUACCUUGACUUUAUACUGGUCUGAAUCCAACCCAAUCAUGGAGAACCCAUCUAAAACCAAAACGAAAGGUGCAGCAAUCCUUGGUGUGGAAAGUGUCAUUGAUAAUAAUCCUUUACCUGUUGGGUUGUAUCACAAGAGUAUUGUUGUGAGGGCAGAAAAUAGAAAUAUUAAAUUCACCUGUUCAACCCGACAAAGGCAUAACAUUUGGUAUAAUUCUUUGCGUUAUUUGUUGCAAAGAAGUAUGGAGGGCAUCGAUUUGGAGAACAUUGCCGAUGAUCCAUCCGAUAUGCUAUAUUCUGGAAAGAUAUUUCCAUUACCUGGGGAAGAUCAGGCUCAUGCCAACAGACGUUUAACAAUAUCGAGGAGGUCAAGAUCAUAUUCUUCUUUAAGGAGAAAAAUUCCAAAUAGACCAUCCAGCAUUCAGAAUUUAAGGACUCAAAGAUAA